GGAAUCAAAAUUUUUUGAUUUCGUCGGACGCCGCAUCCGAUUUUAUCUGUCAAUCUAAACUCAGGAAUAUAAACUCAGAAAAGAGUUGAUUUUACAAGAAAUGUUAGCGCGAAAGUAAACAAACACAAUCUUGUUAGAGCCAUGGCGAAUUCACGUGUUGAUGAUGAAAAACUUAUAAUUUUGGUACAGGAGCAUCCUUUUCUUUGGGAUCUUCGCGAUUCGAGGUACAAAGACAAUUUUUUAAAAAAGAAUACAUGGGAUAUGAUCGGAAAUCAGCUUCAAAUAAACGGUACGUAUUAUCUUCAUCUUGAACGAAAGGGAGCAAGAAGCUUUGCUAUCGAGGAUGGUAUCGUCGCCAAAAAUAAGUGGAGAAAUUUACGCGACACAUUCUCGCGAAAACUCGCUGAACUAAAUCAGCCAUCUGGGUCGGGAUAUAAGCAUGUUCGAUGGAAGUACUUUGAGCAGAUGAGCUUCCUGAAGGAUACGCUUACAUCCCGACCCAGAUCGGGAAAUUUGGAAGAAGUAGAAGACUUCCCAACUCCGGAUCACUUUGGUGAGGCUGGCGCAAGUGGCAGAACAAGGCAACCACCACAGCAGCAGCACAGCAGUAACAACAGAGACGACGAGGUGCCUCCGCUAUCUCCAGAUGAGAUUGCCAGCGGCAUCAAGCAGCUUAAAAGCAUUAAGUCUGCUAGCGGUGAUGGACUGGCGGCCGAGCUAUUCAAGAUGUGA